AUGAUUAAAAAAAUCUCAAGACUUUUAUUAUUUCUUUUACUAUACUCUUUUAGAACCAUCCAAGGUUCUUCUAUAUUACAACAACGUGGUCCUCAACAGUGCCAAGAGAUCACAAAUGGUUGUCCAUCAUUGAACUUUGAUUUCCAUGCGCAAAACAUCGGCUCUAUCCAAUACAAUCUCGAUAUUCUAUCGGUAUGGUGGGUUUCCGACAGCACCUAUAACAUGACUAUUCAUGCGACUGGUGCAGAGCAGAUUCCAUUAAAGUACCUAUACUCUCUGAAGAUUAUUGGUGUUGAUGGACCUGAAAGCACGGUUCAACUUUACGGUAAGAAUGAAAAUACAUACUUGAUCGACAAUCCUACUGACUUCACAGCCACCUUUGCUGUUUACGCUUCGGCAGACGAUGACGGUAAGGUCUGGAUGCCUAACUUCCAGAUUCAAUUUGAAUAUUUACAAGGUGAUGCUGCCCAAUACUGGGAGAGCUGGGAAUGGGGUUCUUCGACUUUCGACUUGAUGACCGGUUGUGACAACUAUGACAAUAACGGUAACUCCCAAACAGAUUUCCCAGAUUUCUACUGGGUUGGGGAGUGUGCAGAUGCUGCAGCCUCUUCAUUUGUUGCCAGCUCUACAUCUACUUUAGCAAGUACUACUGUUGAGAGUAGCCAAUCCUCCUUAAACCCAACCGGUAGAUUAGGAUUCGGUAAAUCUAUUAGCAGCUUACUCAGCGAUGUUCCAAGUACAGCCGGAAGCAGAUCAUCUACUGCAUUCAUUUCAUCGUCUUCGGUCAACAGCGGAUCUAUCGCUACUUUGACUAGGUCUACCACGCAAACUAGCCAAUCAUUCUUGAACUAG